CCCUCUCCAGUGAUUGGCGAUGAGAUCCCCGAUUCCGGCUUGGUUGACGAGUAAUGCUGCACCGCGCAAUAAACUGGAUCAAAAGUCAGUCAGGCGAUCGGAGAUUUGUUUAAGAGGAUUAUUCAUAAUAAUAUUACUUGCAUCUGCGCACGAGUGUUGAGUACGGUUUAGGAUUAAUGACGUACAGCACCAAAGGGCCCUGUCUUGACGAUGCAGUUUUUCGGCCGGCUGGUGAACAACACCCUGUCAUCGGUGUCUAAUCUCUUCACAAACCCGUACCGGGUGAGGGAGGUACUACUUUCGGACUAUGCAGGGGGAACCUGUUCCCGGCUAGAGGAGGAGGGCAGGGUGGUGCUGUACAGAAACCCCUCGGCGCAGUCAUGGGACUGUCUGCUCCUGAAUCAGGACAGAACACAGACUAUUGCACUACGGUUAUUCCAGGUUGGUUCGGAAGUCGACGCCAGGAAUUGGUUCCCCCAGUACUCCCUGAAACUCCGCCCCUUUUACGAGAGCUCCCAACUACCUCUGCGCAUCGAGAUUCUGCAGCAAAUCACAGACUGCCUGAGGAACCACCCUGAUUGGUCAGCAGCUCACAUCGCCGUGGAAACCGGCUUGAGGGACUGCCUCAAACACAACUAUGUCCUGAGCCAGAUUAACAGUCGGGAUGGGGUGGAGGGCUGCACCCCUCUUCACCUGGCCUGCAGGAAGGAGGACCCCCAGUGUGUGCGGGAGCUGCUGGAAGACUGCCAGGCCAAGCUGGACGUAGUGGACAAGAACGCGGAGACACCCUUCCACUACGCAGCACGGCAGGACAGCUUCCAGCUCAUGGAGCUCCUGUGUAAGCACUCCUCUGGGGGAGGGGUGAACAAGCUGAGCAGCAGUGGAGAGACAGCCCUGCACAUUGCCUGCCGUCUGGGAAAGACAGAGACCGUCCGGGCUGUCCUUCAGAGCGGGGCGCGCUGCGACAUCAUCGGAGGGCAGGGCUACCCCAUCCACACCGCCCUCAAGUACUCUGAGAAGAGCUGUGUGGAGGCAAUACUGGAUUCUGACCCUAACCAGCUUUGCUCUGAAGAUCCCCGCUACGGAGGGACCCCCUUGCACUGGACAAAGACCCCAGAGCUGUGCCGCUUGCUGAUUGCGAGGGGAUGCAAUGUGAACUACCUGAGCCAGAGUGGAGAGACGCCGCUGCACAUCAUGGUGAGGAGGAAGAGGUUUGGCGCCGCCAUGGUCCUGCUGACCCACGGAGCGCAGAGCAACGCCAAGGGACAGAACGGAGACACCCCCCUGCACCUCGCCAUGAAGUUGGAUCACAUGGAGCUGAUCAAGGCUCUCAUCGUGUUCGGAGCAGACGUGGAGAUCCCCAAUGACUUCGGGGAGACCCCCGGCCUGAUCGCAGCUCGAACCAGCAAAGGUUCGAACAGGAAGGUGUUGCUGAGCCUGCUGUAUAGCGUAGGUGCUGAGCGCUGUCACCCUCCUGCCCCCGACACCCCCACACGACUCCCCUCUCCUCCGCAGAGACCGCCGCCUCCACAUCUAGGGUUCGAUGACCUCAUCCAUGUUGCUGCGGCCCUGGGCGCCCUGACGAAAGGGGUGGUGGAAGUGGACGGCGUCCAAGCAGCCAACAGGAAGUUUGACCGCUUGCUGUGUCUGGACGGAGGGGGAAUCAAGGGCCUCGUUCUCAUCCAGCUGCUUAUUGCCCUCGAGAAGGCGGCUGGGCGGCCAAUCAGAGAUCUCUUUGACUGGGUCUCGGGCACCAGCACUGGCGGGAUCCUGGCCCUGGCUGUUGUACAUGGCAAGUCGAUGGAGUACCUGCGCUGCCUGUAUUUCCGGAUGAAAGACGAGGUGUUUAAAGGGUCCCGUCCGUACGAGUCGGCCCCCCUGGAAGAGUUCCUCAAGAGAGAGUUCGGGGAGAACACCAAGAUGACCGACGUCCGAUACCCAAAGGUGAUGGUGACGGGUACACUGGCAGACAGGCACCCCGCAGAGCUGCACCUCUUCAGGAACUACGACCCCCCUGAGACCGGCCAGGACCCCCCCUACAAGAGGAGCGCCGACUUCCAGCCCCUCACCAAACCUCAGGACCAGCUGGUGUGGAGAGCAGCUCGCUGUAGUGGGGCUGCGCCUUCUUAUUUUCGACCAAUGGGACGCUUCCUGGACGGGGGUCUGCUGGCCAACAACCCCACGUUGGACGCCAUGACAGAAAUCCACGAGUACAACAGGGCUCUGAAACACAAGGGUCGGGGGUCCGAGGCUCCUCGUCUGGGGGUGGUGGUCUCUCUGGGCACGGGGAAGCCCCCUCAGGUGGCUGUGAACUCCGUCGAUGUCUUCCGGCCCUCCAACCCCUUCGAACUCGCCAAGACCUUCGUGGGAGCCAAGGAACUGGGCCGCAUGCUGGUGGACUGUUGCACAGACUCGGAUGGGAGAGCAGUUGAUCGAGCGAGGGCCUGGUGUGAAAUGACAGAUAUCUCCUACUUCAGGCUGAGCCCCCAGUUCUCGUCUGAGGUGCUGCUGGAUGAAAUUGAAGACGCUAUCCUCGUGAACAUGCUCUGGGAGACGCAGAUCUACGUGUAUGAGCAGCGGGAGCAGAUUCAGCACCUGGCUCGCUGGCUUCUCGACGCAAACUGCAGUGGAUCAGCUCCUCUGUAACAUGCUUCUGGAACCAGAGAGUUGUUCAAGACCACCCAGCACUGCUGUGCAGGGUGCUGGGGUCCGAUCAUAAAGCUUGCUUUACGAGGCUGUUUCAAAUAGAAUACGUUACAAAAAGUCAAAUGCAGUUCUGGUGGUUUUAAAGUAUUUCGCCUUUUAAAUUAACCUAGGAAGUGCAAGUGUAACAGACUACCUGAAAGUAUAGCCUGUGAACCGAUUCUUUAACCCCAGUGCGUUGCCGGGUCCUGAAAAUACAUGAUUGCUAGAAUGUGUAUUUCUUUCAAAACUGCACAAAACUGUAUAGCAAAGUGCGUGAGCGGAGCUUGAACACCUUUACAAAAUGCUAAUGUUGUAUUCAAACCAAAACUGACUAUUGUGGCUGCUGCAUUAUAAGGAGAGAUGAGACAAUAAACGUGCACCCACGCCUGUAAAGGUUUACCCUAGACAAACUCAGAACACAGUGUAAUUCCUGUACUGGGAGUUCCAGCAGUUGCUGGUAACCUGCUGACCAGCAGCAUGAGAAUUGCUCCACACAUUAAACAGUUUCUUAAUGGUUACUUAGGAUGUCGGAAACCCCAGGAUGCAGCAAUAUUCUAUGAAGUGUUGACAUCACUUCCUCCUCCUCAGACCUGUUGACAUCACUUCCUCCUCCUCAGACCUGUUGCCAAGGACGACGGUUCUAAACCAGAUGGGCCUUGAGUAGAUGUGCCCAGCCUUUUCCUGUCUCUCAUGUGAAGGUUAAAUAAAGCUUCACUCGCAGGUUGUUGUGAUAAACACUCAACAGUGCUGACAUUGGCAAUACUAGAAGACACGUAAUAAAUUCAGUGCCAAACGUUUCGAUCAGAAGUCUUUCUCAGUGUCUUUGAGACAGUGUUACAGUAAAGUGACCUACAUUUCUUUCUUGAAGCAGCAUUCCCACUUCUUGGACCAGCCUGGCCAGUUAAACAGCCCAACUCCCAGCUCUAUCUAGUAUUGACCAGAGCAUGUUGUUGCUGGAGCUUCCAGUGCAGUUCUGUACAUGCGUGUUCACUCUGUGGCUGUCCAGGAAAGGGUGUGACUGAUACAUGCUUCCCAGGGAUUCAUUUAUAGGAAGGGUGCCUUUUAUCCAUUUCGUUGCUAUGGCGAGAGGUCUUGUCAUUUUACCUAAUACGUCAAGAUGACGAGGGAGGGAGCAGUUCAGUCUCCAUGCCCCAGCCUGCCCUGGACUGGAGGGAGCACCCUUUCUCUUAGGGGACUGAGGGAGGGAGGGAGCAGUUCAUUCUCCAUGCCUCAGCCUGCCCUGGACUGGAGGGAGCCCCCUUUCUCUUAGAUGGGGUAACAGGGUAGUUCCACUGUGCCCAGUCUAAAAUUAGGUGAAUAUUGUGUUUUUUGUUUGGGAUUGCUGUCUUUAAUCGACUAAAAACCUGACUUGAAGAUUUUUUUUCUUUUUACUGGUUCUGUUUCUAUGAAGAUAAUGGAAGAUUUGCACUGUUUAAAACUGCCUUCAUUUAGCAUAGCAAAGAGCAGGUCCUUGUCUAUACCGGCCUUUAACCACAAGAUGGCGCUGUUUCUUCAUAACAAAUACAUAAAAUAAACACAGUGCAAUACAGUGCUAUAUUGUUUGCUCUUGUUUUCAGUUUGUACAGGUUUUUAUUGGAAAAUUCACAGGUUUAUCAGAAGUUAUGAUUUCAGUUUUCACAAUUUCUUUUCACCCAAAAUCUGGCAGAAGCAUUAGAAAAUACCUGUUUAUACCAAGAAAAUGACGCUUAAAAGUUUAAGCAGAAUGUUUGCAUUAGGGGUUAAUGUGUAUUAAUAAAUCCCCAGCAGCUGACUAUUUAGAAACUGUACAAAAACUGCAAAAAAUAACAUUUACAAACUUUCCUGUUGGAUGGAUGGAUAUCUGUGUGUGUGUGUGUGUGUGUGUGUGUGUGUGUGUAUCUCAAAUAUGAUCUAUUAAAUUACUAAAUUCUUACAUUGAUAUCGAUUAUAUAUAUAUAUAUAUAUAUAUAUAUAUAUAUAUAUAUAUAUAUAUAUAUAUAUAUAUAUAUAUAUAUAUAUAUAUAUAUGCACUGUAUUAUUAUUUACAAAUCAAACAUAAUGAAGUUAUUGUACUUACAUGCUGAAGUUUAUGUUGUUGCUGUUUUGAAGUGAAGUCAAUUAAAAGUAUUGUUUAGAAAAGCA